CGGUGGCAACUCUGGCAGUCGUAGACAAAAAAAGUGUAGAUAGAAAAUGAUGUUGUCAAAACCACCUGAAAGAUAGUGAAAUUCGGCUUAAUUGUAAAUUUAGAUCACGCGGCGGACAAGUGAGAUGUGCUAGCGGAUAAGAUAAGAUGCUGGCCCUGGGCAGAACGGCCUCCUUGGGCACCCUCUCCGCCCGCCCGCUCGCCAGCUGCCACCUGGCCACGCGAACGAAAACAAAAACAAACGAACCCAAACAGAGGCAGCGAACAGAUGUUUGUCUCCUGUUACGCAAUCCCCACAAAUUGGCGCUAAAUUCAAUGACGCCGCUGGCCAGAGCAGCGCCGGCAGCCGUGGGCACAGGGAUAGCAACACAUUCGCACUCGCAGCAGCAGCAGACGAGCAGACGCCUCCACAUCUCGUCAGCGGGCAAGUCAAGGUAUUCGGCCAGCACCAUCAUGAACUCCUACCACAAGGAGCUGCUCCUCAAGGACUACGACAUAGUGGGCUUCGAUCUGGACGGCACCCUGCUGCGCUACAAUCUCCGCGAGAUGUCUGCGCUGAUCUACGCGGUGCUCAAGCAGUUCCUAGUGGAACAGAGGGGCUACGACAAGGAGCUACUGGCUCAACCGCUCAAUCUGGACUUCCUGCAGAAGGGCCUGUUCCUGGACGGACCGCGUGGCAACGUCCUAAAGCUGAGCAACGAGGCCCACAUCCUGCGAGCCACCCACGGCACUCGCCUCCUGAGCGACGCGGAAAUCCAGGCCAUCUAUGGGCAAGAUCGGAAAUGGGAAAUCACCACCGCCUUCUACCGGGAUCCCCUCUCCACGUGGAACGGCGAGGCGUCCACGCAAAUGCGCUCGCUGCUCGAUUACUUCGAUACGCCCAGUGCCUUGGUAUUCGCCCAGGCGGUGGAUCAGGUGGACAGGUCGGGGAGGAAGCCGAAGACGGGGGAGCAGUACCAGGUGUGGCAGGAUGUACAGGCGGGCCUGAUGAACAUCUAUAGUCGGGAGAACUUUGCCAACGACAAGAGUAUGUAUUUCAAGAGCAUGCGAGCGGAACCUGGAAGAUUUGUGCUCCAAACGGACCCAAGCGUGAUGAAAUGGCUGGGGGAGCUGCGCAAAUCGGGCAAGAAACUGUUCCUGCUCACCGGUUCCAAUGUGGACUUCGCCAAUUUGACGGCCACCCAAGCUCUGGGCAAGGACUGGCGCAAAUACUUUGAGUUCGUGGUGACGUACGCCAAGAAACCGGGUUUCUUCACCCUGCAGCGGCCCUUCAUGCAGGUGGAUGUGGAGCAACUGGCGGAGCUGCCGCAGGAGGCGGGGGAAAUAAAGCCGGGCGAGGUCUACUCCCAGGGCAACUGGCACCAGCUGCACGCGGCCAUGGCCAUGAUGCUCCAGAAGGAGCCGUCCAAAGCCAAGGCGCUGUACUUCGGUGACAACAUUAUACAGGAUGUUUACACGCCGGUCAAGCACCGCGACUUCGAUGCCGUGGCCAUAGCCGAGGAGCUGCUCCUGGAGGACGGUAAGUAUCCUUACACCGCCGAGUUGGAUUCCCAGCUGUGGGGCUCGUACUUCGCUCUGGACAGCACGCCCACGCUCUGGGCCAGCUUCAUCAGCAGCUACGCCCAGUUGUGCGUGCCCUCGGUGGAGCAGGUGGCGCAGACCUCGCCAGAGCAGCGGAUCGUCUGCUCCAAUCCGUAUGGCUUCAGUCCGCGACUGCCCAAGGAGCUGGAGACCGUGCAGCUAGAGAGCUGCUGGCGGGGAUGAGCGGUGGCCGACCUGCUAUCUUCCUCCUCCAGACAAUAACCGACCUGCGAUCCCGGGACGCAGUUAAUCCGAUAAGGCUUCUUUCAGCUGAAACCUCUUCAAAAUUCUUACGUACAAACAAUUGUAUUUGAUGAUAGCAAUAAACAACGCGAACUUCUGAAA